AUGCCCGAGCCUAAACCAGCACAGAAACGCCCCCGCCUUCCGUUCAAACCCCCAAGUCGCACAACAAGCGCAGGGCCAUCCGACUCCGCGCCCAAAGCGAAAGGCAAAGCGAAGCAAACCGGCACCAAAGCCUCCAAAUCCACAACAUCAAAAACAAAAACCAAACCCACAACACAACGUAAAUCCACAAGUCUCGGGAAACGCCCGCGAUCCGAGUCUCCACCGAAUGCUCAUGCCGAGUCCGAGUCUGGAUCAGAGUCCGGCUCCGAUCAAUCGAGCCGCAGUCGCUCGCGUUCACUCUCCCAAGAGCCGGAUUACAUCCUUGCAGAGAUCACAACUACAAACCAAGAGGAGGAUGUGACGUCCAGUGAUCCCAAGGUACCGCCGAAACUGCUCACGCGUCUGCUGCACCAUCAUUUCCAGAAUGAGAAGACGAAGGUUGCGAAAGAUGCCAAUAAUGCCGUGGCUAAGUAUGUCGAUGUAUUUGUGAGGGAAGCGAUUGCCCGAGCAGCUUAUGAGAGGGCCGAGUCAGAUGGAAAUGCUGUGGGUACGAGUCUUGGAGACGGGUUCCUUGAAGUUGAGGAUCUUGAGAAGAUGGCGCCACAGCUUACAAUGGAUUUCUAG